GCGAGCUGUCGGGAAGUCACUGAGCCCCUCUCUGCUGCCGUCUCUCCAGCCCCAAAGCAGCAUGAGCAGCCCCGAGCUAUCUGCUGAGGCUCCUGGCCCCGAUGUCCCCCGCUGGGACUCUCAGCCCACCUACAGCAACCUUGGUGAGGUCAGGGCCCACCUGCUGCCUUCCAAGGCCAGCCGCUGCAGGGCGCCCGGGUCCCUGUCCGCCGAACCCCAACCCUCACCCCCACCCCUGCCCAAGAGGAACCUGGCCAGGACUAGCUCCCUGCCCCUCCAGAGGGCCAGCAGUCCCGGCCCCUCUCCAGCGGGGACGCCUCGGAGGCACUUCCUAAGCUUCAGUAUCGACGAGAGCGGGGCAGGCACCCCUAAAGCAGGCCCAGGGUGCCCCCCCGCAGAGCUGCCCUUCAGGUGGCCUGAGGCCCACCUGGACCUGUCUCUCCCGGACCUGUCCCGUCUGGAGGCCGUGGACGCGGCGCUGAGGGCCCGGCAGCUGGAGGGCCUCCGCACCAUGCACGCCCGGCUCCAGGCCCGGCUCUUGGGGGGCCGCCCUGGCCCCUGCCACCCGGGCCACGGCUUCCGCCUCCUGGACAACUCGCCCUGCGUGGAGAGCGGGGACACCCUCUACUACCGGAUGGUGCGGGUGGCUGAGGAGACCUGGCAUGUCUUGGCCGCCAAGGUGCCCAAACCUGGAACCAAAGAGCCCCACCUGUGGGGCCUGGAGCUGCAGGCCUCUCUGCCCCCACACUUCAACCUCCAGGGGCUGUGUGGCCUGGUGCCCGAGGGCGCGCUCCCCGCGACGCCCUGGAGAGGCCCCGUCAUGCUGGCGGCUGAAGUUCCCGAGCGCUCUGUGGCCCAGUGGCUGGCGGAGGUGCGUGCUCAGCCGCCCUCGGAGUGCGCAAGGGCUGUCGCCCUGAUGCUGCUGCAGCUGAGCGCGGCCCUGGAGCGCCUGGAGCAUGUGGGCGCGGUCCUGACUGAGCUUCGGCUGGAGAACCUUCUGCUGGCAGAGCCGCGGGGCUGCGCGGCCCCCGGGCCCCCGCGCCUGCUGUUCGCUGACUUUGGCCGUGUCUGCCCACGGCCUGCAGGACACCCCAGCACCCACGCGGCGCAGCUGGGCCUUCUGCUCCGGGAGCUGCUCGGCCCCUCCUUGCCGAUGGCCACACCCUUGGCCCGGGGCCUGGAGCGCCUGGCGGCCCAGCUGCUGCGCUGGAGGCCCUCUGCGGCCCAGACCCGCGGCGCACUCCAGACGCUGCUCUGGGGCCCCGGGCCCGAGCUGAACGGUCAGGCAGCGCCACUGGGGUCCUGGCUUCGGGUCAGGCGCGCCCUGUUGGUUCUGCACCUGGCUGAGCAGGCCACGGGUGGGGAGGCCCCUGGCCUGGAAGACUGGCUGUGCUGUGAAUACCUCAUCGAGGCCACGGAGGCCUCGCUGGGGCGCGCCCUGGCCCUGCUGUGGGACUAA